AUUAUGCAGCUACAUCCAGGAUGCCGAGUGUCUUCUGAUCAUGAUCAAGAGCAGAGUGAAGAGACACAGGCAGAGGAAAGGAUCACAGAAAGAGCUUCAAUGCUGCUCCUGUUCCUUCUCUUCGAGGGACUCUGCUGUCCUGGGGAAAAUACAGCAGCUCCCCAGGCUCUACAAUCCUACCAUCCAGCAGCAGAGGAGCCCCUGUCCUUCCGCAUGCUCCAAACUUCCUCCUUUGCCAACCACAGCUGGGCACACAGUGAGGGCUCAGGAUGGCUGGGUGACCUGCAGACUCAUGGCUGGGACACUGUCAUGGGCACCAUCCGCUUUCUGAAGCCCUGGUCCCAUGGAAACUUCAGCAAGCAGGAGCUGAAAAACUUACAGUCACUGUUCCAGUUAUACUUCCACGGUUUUAUCCCGAUAGUGCAAGCUUCUGCUGGUCAAUUUCAGCUUGAAUACCCCUUCGAGAUCCAGAUAUUAGCUGGCUGUAGAAUGAAUGCCCCACAAAUCUUCAUCAAUAUGGCAUAUCAAGGAUCAGAUUUCCUGAGUUUCCAAGGAAUUUCCUGGGAGCCAUCUCCAGGAGCAGGGAUCCGGGCCCAGAACGUCUGUAAAGUGCUCAAUCGCUACCUAGAUAUUAAGGAAAUACUGCAAAGCCUUCUUGGUCACACCUGUCCUCGAUUUCUAGCGGGGCUCAUGGAAGCAGGGGAGUCAGAACUGAAACGAAAAGUGAAGCCAGAAGCCUGGCUGUCCCGUGGCCCCAGUCCUGGCCCUGGCCGUCUGCAGCUUGUGUGCCAUGUGUCAGGAUUCUACCCAAAGCCCGUGUGGGUGAUGUGGAUGCGGGGUGAGCAGGAGCAGCGGGGCACUCAGCGAGGGGACGUCCUGCCUAAUGCUGACGAGACAUGGUAUCUCCGAGCAACCCUGGAUGUGGCGGCUGGGGAGGCAACUGGCCUGUCCUGUCGGGUGAAACACAGCAGUAUAGAGGGCCAUGAUCUAAUCAUCCAUUGGGGUGGAUAUUCCAUCUUUCUCAUCCUGAUCUGUUUGACUGUGAUAGUUAACCUGGUCAUAUUGAUUGUAGUUGACUUACGGUUAAAAAAACAGAGUUCAAAUAAGAACGUUCUUUCUCCCCGUGCACCCAGCCCUGUGUUUUCCAUGGGAGCCAACAUCCAGGACACCAAUAAUUCAAGACAUCACUUCUGCUUGGCACAAGUAUCGUGGAUCAAAAACAGAUUCUUGAAGUGGAAGACACGCCUAAACCAACUCUCAUGACAUUUGCUUUGCCUUAUACAUAAAAUCCUUGUCUGCAUCUUCUGAAACACCAUCCAGGUCCCAUAAGGGAAGCAUGCUUUAAUUUAAACAGUUUGUACUAGCAAAGAUACUGAUCCCUUUAGGAAUACUUUUUUCCUCAUCUUCCAGAGAUUUUUUUUUUCCUGCUUUGGCUACAUAUCCACCAUUGUUGAUUUUUCAAACUAUAAUCCAGAUACUUCUUUUUCAUGGAUUUCCAUGAUCACCCAAUUAAGGGCUCUCCUGUACUCCCCAAAUUGAACUGAUCUUCACAAGCACAUUCAUUUCUUCCUACUCUGAACAGUAGUUAAUUAGGUUUUUUCUUUUUUCUUUUUUCUUUUUUUUUAAUCUCAGUUGCUUGAAAGUAAGAUUUAGGUAUUUGUGUCUGUGUUCACGACCAAAAAUCUUAUCUGAAUUCAGGACCAGUUUCAUGAGCAUGUGAUCUGUGCAGACACAUGGAAUCGUAUGCUCUGCAGGAACCCAUGCUAGAUUUAAUGCUCUGCUGUUGUCAUCUUGAAAUCCUUAGUCAUUUUCAAACAAGAGAUAUUGUAUUUUCAUUUUUCACUGACACCACAAAUUAUAUAGCUGAUUCAAUUUGAAUGUAAUAUUUCUCAAUGAAUGCGGACUGAAUAAAUUUGUUGUCAGAUCAA